AUGACGAGGAAGCAGAGGGAUGCUCUCCGACCGAGCCGUGCCGUUUGCGCGCUUUUACGCACGGAGGCAGCGGCGGCGCGUGCUUCCCCAAAGCAGGCACGCGGCGCACCAGAGAUCAUCUUCAUCAACAUCAUCAUCUUCACCAUCAUCAUCAUCUCAGUGAUAUUGUCUGCCGCCAUCCAGCCGGCAUCAGCUCACCCUCAGUGCCUGGACUUCGAGCCCCCUUUCAAGCCGCAGUGGCACCUGGAGUUCUGCUCCCAGUACGAGCAGUUCGGCUGCUGCGACCAGAGGACGGACAACGUGAUCGCGGAGAGAUACUGGGACGUGAUCGAGCAGCUGGAGACGGCGGGCUACGACUUGUGCGAGGACAUGCUGAAGGAGAUCAUGUGCCAGGAGUGUUCUCCUUACGCUGCCCACCUGUACGACGCGGAAGACCCCUACACUCCGGUCAGAGACCUGCCGGGACUCUGCUUCGGCUACUGCUCCGAGUUUCACAGCAAGUGCCGCCACGUACUCCGAUAUCUGACCGACAACCAGCUGCUGCUGGACACGUCCGGACGGGACAUGGCCACCUUCUGCAGCCUCGUCGACCUCUCCGACCAAGACUACUGCUACCCCAGGGUCCUGAAGAGCACCGACCUCAACAGCAACCUGGGGCAAGUGGUGGAGGACCCCAAAGGGUGUCUCCAGGUGUGCCUGACAGAGGUGGCCAACAGCCUGAGGAAUCCCGUGCUGAUGCUGCACAGCGGCGACGACACGCACAGGAUGUUCAUCGCCGAACAGCUGGGCUUUGUUUGGGUGUACCUGCGCGACGGCAGCCGGCUGGAGCGGCCCUUCCUAGACAUGAGCGGGGAGGUGCUGACCACUCCCUGGCUGGGGGACGAGAGGGGCUUCCUGGGCAUGGCCUUCCACCCCAAGUACCGGCGCAACGGCCGCUUCUUCAUCUACUACUCCAUCCAGUUCUACGGCAAGGUGGACAAAAUCCGAAUCAGCGAGAUGAAAGUGUCCGCCGGCGACAUGAACGUCGCCGAUCCUUACUCGGAGAGAGUUAUUUUAGAAAUUGAGGAGCCGGCUGCAAAUCACAACGGGGGUCAGCUGCUGUUUGGUCAAGACGGCUACCUGUACAUCUUCACAGGAGACGGUGGGAAAGCCGGGGAUCCAUUUGGGAAGUACGGCAACGCACAGAACAGGAGUGCUCUGUUGGGCAAAGUGCUGCGCAUCGAUGUGGAUGGAAGCGACCCAGUCGGAAAACCGUACCGGAUCCCACCUGACAAUCCGUUCUCCAGAGACCCAGAUGCUCGACCGGAGGUGUUUGCGUACGGCGUACGGAACAUGUGGCGAUGCUCGGUGGACCGCGGCGACCCGGUGAGCGGCUACGGUCGCGGCCGGAUCUUCUGCGGAGACGUCGGUCAAAACCGCUACGAGGAAGUCGACAUCAUCGUCAAAGGGGGGAACUACGGAUGGAGGGCGAAGGAGGGCUUUGAGUGCUACGACAUCAAGCUGUGCCAGAACGCCUCUCUGAAUGACAUCCUCCCCAUAUUUGCAUAUAGCCAUCAUGUUGGGAAGUCUGUGACGGGGGGGUAUGUGUACAGAGGAUGUGAAUCACCAAAUCUGAAUGGCCUGUACAUUUUUGGAGACUUCAUGACUGGUCGGCUCAUGGCAUUGGAGGAAAACAAAGCAGCAGGGACCUGGAAAGAGAAGAGCAUAUGCAUGGGUAGUACAACAACCUGCUCCUUCCCUGGACUCAUCAAUCAUCACCACAAAUUCAUCAUCUCCUUUGCUGAAGAUGAAGCAGGGGAGCUGUAUUUUCUGGCCACUUCGUACCCCAGUGCCAUGUCCCCGACUGGAACGGUGUUUAAAUUCAUGGACCCGUCCAGGAGAGCUCCUCCAGGGAAAUGCAAGGAGAAACCUCUGCCUGUCAAGGUGAAAGGGAAAAAGUUUCCAUUCGUCCCCAGUGAACAGACUGUGCUGAAGACCAACAAGAAACCGACCAGACCACCACUAAGAAAAUACAAACCGGCCACCAAACCGCCGGCGAUGAGCGGUCGGCACGGAUCCACCACGACUGCAGCCAGCACCACAACCAAAGCCGCUGCUGCCAAGCCGGACAGGAAAACACCCACCAAGCCGGUCAGCAAGAAUAAGAACAAAUCGUGGCAGAAAGAGAAAAAGCUAAAGGAGAAAGAGAUAAACAAGAACAGGAAGACGAAACCACCAACAAAGAAGACUGCUGCGAAACCGAAGGCGACCCAGACCGCCACAGACGGUUUAAACGGUAAGAAGCUGUCAGAGAACCUGAGGGAAAACAAGAUCACCUCGAAGAGGAGUAAUCCACGCAUGACAACGGGACCAAACCUAAAAGCAUCCAACAGGGAGCGUCUCGUCUUCAGCAACGCAACAAAGACAAACGUCAAAAGCAAAGUACAAAAGAAGUUGUCUUGGGUGAGAAGCAAGCACACAAAAAAUGCCGGAACACUGUAGAAAAAAAUAAAAAUAAGAAGUUAGCGCAUCGCUACUUUGUAUAUUUAAGCUUUUAUGUUGUAAAAAUAUGCUUAUUUGCUUCUCUGCCAUUGGUCAAAAGGACACAUAAUUAGCAGAUUUCAGCUUCUAAACUGCCACAACCUUCCACCUUUUCCUCAGACUGCAGAGAGUUUAUGCUAAGCUAAUGAUUUAGGUGUUCAGUAAGUUGUGCUCAAAUGUGUACGAGAUGCAGGUGAUGUGUGUUUACUAUUUGGAUAACUUUUGAAUGCAGCAAACUGGAUUGGAUUUUAUCUAAGUGUCGGUCUGUCACAGAGCAGAGGAACCUGCAGCUCCAGAACCACCAGGUAAAUGAUUAAUCGAAUUAGCUCUGAUGAAUCGAUUUCCUAAAUAAUCAUCAACUGAGCUAGUAAUCGAUUAAUCGUUACCGGGAGUUUACAGGCUUAGCAAAGAACAACACGGUCAGAGCAGUAAUUAAGCCAAAACUGCACAAACUAAAUAUACAUUUUACAUUUCAGAUUUUCAAAAAAAUCUUAAAAGCUGAGUACCUUUUGCUAUUCAGUUAUUUAUCGGUUAAUCCAAACAUUAUUACCGGUUCACAUGUUGAUGUUAGAAGAAUGUUUAUUAGCUGCAGAUGCAUCCUUUGCCACACAUGAUUAAGCAUAUGCUAAAUAAAAUCCUAUGUUGCUGCAUUUUAGGCAAUAAAAUGAUUAUUUUUAUGUAAAAGAAGGAAGAAAUUGAAUUGUUUAUUUGCAUUAAGUGUAUUUCUAAUAUAAAAAAGGCUUAAGUUCUUAAAUGAAAAAUUUUCAGAAUGCUCCAUUAAUUGUCAGAUGAAUCAAUUGAAUAAUCGAUUAUUAAAAUAAUUCUUAGUUGAAGCCCCGUUUUCAUGGAAUAGUUGCGUUACAUUUCAACAACAAAACGACACCAAAAAGAAGCAGUAACAUAUUUUUUUUUAGAUCUUUUUUCUUCCUUCCGGAAAUAUCAACAUCCAACAGAAGAAAAUAUAUAGACGUCAUCUUUUUGCUAAAGUUCUACAGCAGAUUUCCUGUAUAAGAUAUGAAAAUUGAUCAGUUGUCGGCUCUCAACGAGUUUCAUUUAUCCGGACUCUGGACUGCGAAGGCUGCAGACAUCUGGGAUUUUUGGGAGCAUUAAACAAGCAUUAAACUUGAAAACCCAAUAAAAUACAUAAGAAUUUGGCUUUAGCGCGACAAUACUUUUGCAAGGUCACCGCAUCUUCCAGUUUCCCAAGAAUCCACAACAAUCGUUCUGCGUCUGCCAGAAUAUCCAGCCAGUCCCUUAAUGCGCAGCGGGCCGCGGUCGUACGCGGCUACGCGUGUAAUUACACAGCUUCUUUUACGUUUUAUUUUUAUCCAUUAUAGAGCCAUUGGUUUCUGUCGCCCGUUUGUAUCUGGAGCGUAUCAAAAAAAAAAAAAAAACAACAAAAAAAAAAACGGGCACGCACAGAACCCGACAAUAACUACACUGAGCUCAGCAUUUUUAGAUCGCGGCUGAUUUCACAGGCCACACAGGGGGUUAAAAAUAAACAUUUAAAGUGUCCGUACAUGUCCGCGGUCUUCUGUAAUUAGACGCCGCAGCACGGAUCGUCAGCGCAGCCGCGGUGACUGUGGCUUCGCGUAACGACUGCAGUAAAUUAAAAGCCAUCUGACUUCCACGUGCGGCGCUUCACUCCGGGGUCGCAUAAAUCUCAAGCUGGAGUUUAUGCUUCUGAGAAGAAACAGCUGAAGUGACAUUUUUAACUCAAUUUCUUUUCUUUUACCUCUUUUGUUUUUUUUCCCCCCUCUCCACCAAUACUAGAAACAGAGACGUCAACAAAGGCUGCCAAACCCCAAACCCCCUUCUGCGUUGCACUUUUGAACAAAAUGUUUCUAACAAAGCACCUUCCGGUCUCCAAGGUAUCAAAUUGGGAUUUUAUGUCCUAGGUUGUUUUCUCCCCCCCCACAUAAAUCUUUUGAUGACUUUAGAAUGCUGCACUAUAGUUUUAUUUAGAGGCAUCAGGGUAAAGAGGGUUCAGUACAAAUGCACAUGGGAGAUUUUUUCCAUAUACGUUCUUUUGGUCAAUUGCAUCAAAUUACAUUUUUCCCCCAAUUCAUAGUCAUCCCACCCGUCAUAUGAUUGAAAAUAAUGAUAAAAUGUGACUUUUUCUUUUCUCCCCCCUCCCCCAAAAUGGCUGUCAUUUACUGUAUUUAUUAAUUGAGCUGCUUUGGAUUUAAAGAUAACAUUGUCCGAGUUCAUGCUACAGCAAAUAAAAAUUAGACACGGAGAACAA